AUCUGUGCAUUGCGCAGUCGAUCAUCUUCUGCUGUGAUGUCGUAUUUUUAUUUUUGUUCUUCAUAAAUUCUACGGAAAAUAAAAUAGAACGAGUAAUCUCGUACAAUUAUAUUAAUUAUUCUAUAUUUAUUCGGUAAUUAUCAUUACACUAGUCGCUGUAUUACGUUUCAUGAAAUAUCACGUUGUGAUGAAAUGUCAUUUUUCCAUGGAUCUAUGACAUAGUGAAAAUUUGCAAUCGGGAAUAUUUUACACAAGAAAACUGAUGAGAUUCAUCUGUUGGGCAGUUUUGAAUGCUUUCUAUCGAAGAGUUUGAGUUUCCGAGAAAAGUCGAUUUGGAUGAGUUAACGUUUUCUAAGAGUGAAGGUGCGGUGACUGACUGACCGGAGAUGAGUUCUCCGCCGCCUGUUCAACUAGAGGUGGAGGUGGGUGACGAGUCCAUGGAGGAGGAGAUGCUGGUGGCAACUGACAGGUUCACGUUACCAGCGCGCGCGGACGCCGUGGUGGAGCUGUGGCGGUCCAAGAUGGCGGAGGGGGUGCUGGCGCCGUCCCACUUUCAGGACCACUGGCGGGUCACGGUGCCGAGGAUAUACUCGCCGCAGCCGAACAGGACAUGUUUGGAUUGGUCAUUCGACGAAGAGUUAGCCUCGAAGCUGCUGAUCCAGCCGAUGGAGCAGUUCGUGUGGGGCUCCAGCGAGGGCUCCAAGCCUGCCCCGAGGCGCUCCACUCUCUGCGGGAAGGUGUUCAAGCAGGGGGAGCCCGCUUACAGUUGUAGGGAGUGCGGAAUGGACAACACAUGCGUCCUGUGCGUGGAAUGUUUCAAAGUUUCCGCUCACAGACACCACAAAUACAAGAUGGGCCAGUCGGGCGGGGGCGGGUGCUGCGACUGCGGCGACACGGAGGCGUGGAAGAGGGAGCCCUUCUGCGAGUUGCACGCGGCGCCGUCUGAAGAGGAGCAGUCGAGCAGCCACAUCAGCGAGGAGGUGCUGGAGCGCAUGAAGAUCGUGGCGUCCGUGGUGCUCUCCUACUGUCUGCGGCUCCUCACCCACGACCACGCGCCGGGGCUGCCCAACGACCUCCGAUUGAAAGACAACGAACGCGAUUUACUACAAAUCCUGGACCAGCCGGAUUGUUACUGCACAGUUUUGUAUAACGAUGAGACCCACACGUUCGAACAGGUGAUAACGACUCUGAAUCGCGUACUGAGUUGUAACCACCGCGAUUCGGUGGAGCUGGUCACGCUGAUCGACCGCGAGGGCAGAGCACUCGUCAAGUGUAACUCGUUCCAAGUCUGCGACAAACUCAAAACUGAUAUCGAGACCUGUACGGCGAUGUUCGAAAGGUUCACGUCCCGGCUCGGGCCCAGCCUCAAGGUGCUGGUGAUGCACGCGCACGUCAUCGCGCACCAGCACUACGCCAUGAAGCUGCUCACUUGGCUGCAAAACUUCGUGAGUCAAGAGCCGAGUCUCCGUCUCACCGUGAGCCAGGUGGCCCUCGGGAACUCCGUGUGGGACGCCAGCGGAGCCCUGUGCGGGGGCGGGGUCGCCGGCGCGGUGAUGCAGAACGACUUCCGCAUGUGGAAGGCGGCGAGGACCGCCUGGCAUAGACUCCUCAUAGCCACCACAUUGAUGGAUUAUACCACGAAGAAGUCUAUGGCCAUAUUGUUCACUAGGAAUUAUGGUUCGAUCCUGAAGGACUUCAUCCGGGACGACCACGACCACUCGUUCUCGAUCUCGUCGCUGUCGGUGCAGCUGUACACCACGCCGACUCUUGCGCACCAUCUCAUCGCCAAUCACGACGCUCUGUUCGUCGUGCUCAACACCUUUAUCAGCGAGUGUAACAGACGGUGUAAUAACAAGGGCCGCCUCGAGUUCGAUCGUAACGUGCCCACCGGCUUCAAACGCGCCCAGUUCAUCCUGUACGACGUGAAGUACCUGCUGAGCUCUGUGCCGGGCUCCUUCGACGACGAGCUGCGGAAGGGCUUCCUGCACGGCCUGUCGCUGAUGAUGAACCUGCUGGUCAUGAUGCAGGGCAUGGACUCCGUUGUCAGACAGGUGGGCCAGCACAUGGAGUACGAGCCCGAGUGGGAGUCGGCGUUCAAUCUCCACGUGAAGCUGGCGCACAGCAUCACGCUCUGCAUAGAGUGGUGUUGCGCCGAGAAGCCGCUGUGCGCCGCCGCCUACCGCAUGGCGCUGCGGAGGCACCACGAGACCACGCAGUUCCCGGAUACAGUGGUCAAAGAAUUGAGCAACAAGAGCGCUUCAGUUAUCCCGUACGACGUGUCAAGUGAGCCGGUGUCGAUACACCGGCCCCUGUCGCGGUUCAUCGCCGGGCUGCACCUGCAGCUGCACCGGCACGGGCUCUCCUACCACAGCAAGGAGUUCCAGCGGCCGGACAGGGCCAGACCUCCGCCCGAACAGGGGGAUAAAAGCCAACCUGACAAGAGCAAGCCAUCACCUGUUCAGCUCAUUGAGCCAGUACUCCAGACCAUGGCGAUGAUAGCCCAGGUUCACGCGGGCAUGUGGCGUCGCAACGGAUUCGCGUUACUGAACCAGCUGUACUUCUAUCACAACGUCAAGUGCCGCUCCGAGAUGUUAGACCGGGACGUGGUGAUGCUGCAGAUGGGUGCGUCUCUGAUCGAAAGCAACGAAUUUAUAAUACACGUUCUGAACAAGUUUAAUCUGCUCGACUGGGCGGCUUCGGACUUCGAGCAGCGGCGUGUGGAAGACGACGAACUGCGGUACACCAUCAGCAUGGUCGAGGAGUUCUUGGGGUUGCUCAUUACCAUCGUGGGGUCCCGUUGGGUGCCCGGCGUGGGCGAGGUGACCGCCGAGGAGCGCACCAAGAAGGAGAUCAUACAGAUGCUGUGCGUCAAACCCAUGCCCCACUCCGAGCUCAACAGAUCGCUGCCAGAGGACCAACUGCACGAGACGGGACUCGAAGCCGUUAUCCACGAGGUGGCGGACUUCACCAAGCCCAGCAGUGGUAACAACCGUGGGUUGUACAAGCUGAAACCCCACCUGUACGAGGAGUAUGACACGUUCUUCUAUCAUUACACGAGGGAGGAGCUGUCCAGGAGUGAGGAGGAACAGAGGAACAGGAGGAAGGCUGCUGGCCUACCCGAGUGUUGUCCGCCGCCAGUGCUCCCCAAACUGUCGCCGCCGUUCACGUUGCUCGCGAGCUUGCUGCAGAGCGACGCGGCUCUGCACGUGUUGAAGUGCGUGUUGGGGAGGGCGCUCGAUUUGCGUGCCAGAUCAUUUUCGGAGACGCAAGUGCAUAAGGCGCUACAUCUAAUGGGCUACGCUAUCCGAGACGAGGAGAGCGGCCAUUACGAAUUCCUGGCGUUUGCCGAGAGCGCCGAACGCAGUGGAUUGUUGACGAUGCUGCAACAGCUGGUUAACAGUCCUAGGGUCGAUGCCCAUAGGCACUUGGCGAGAUGGUUGCUUCAGAAGAUGAGAAAACUGCUCGGGCACACCGAUGAGACUGAAGACGGUGUUAACAUGGAGACCGACCAAGAAGAGAAACCGGCGGCCGAGGAAACAGCAGAGGCGGAGAAGGCACGCCGAGCGAAGUUGGCCGCGGAACGGCGCGCUAAACUGAUGGCGCAAAUGAAGACGCAAAUGAACAACUUCAUAUCGAACAACGCUACGCUUUUCGAGGAGACAACUACUGAGGUGACCCGGGAGGAGCAGGAGCAGCGCGCGCUGCCGCGGGGCGCGGCGCUGGGCGUGUGGGGCGGCGGCGCCGCGCAGCCCGCGCGCGUCUGCAUCAUGUGCCAGGAGGAGGCGCGCGUGGAAGCGGCCGGGUCCCCGCUGGUGCUGGUAGCGUUCGCACAACAGUCCACCGUGCUGAACCGCGCGCGGGUGGGCUGCAGCGGCGUGGUACCGUCAGCAUGGCGCGCCGCGUGGCUGCCGGCGGGCGUGGGCGCGCAGCCGCACGUGUCGGGCUGCGGGCACGCGCUGCACGCGCGCUGCUGGCGCAAGUACCUGGACAACGUGCUGGACAAGGAGAACAGCAGAUUAUACCGUCUCCGUCAACCGGCCGCGUUCGACGUGGAGAAGAAAGAAUACCUGUGUCCGCUCUGCGAGAGACUGUGCAACACUGCCUUGCCGCUGCUGCCCGCCCCCCCACUCCUGGCCGGCUCCCCCCCACCACUGUCCGAGGAGACGUACGCUGAAUCUGUGGCGCUGAUAUUGAAGUUGAAGCAUCAAGUUUAUUCGGAAGCGGUACAUGUUUGUACGGAGUUCUGUGAGGAGAUGCAUUGUCAAGCGCGAGCCAAGAGCGUAGGAGCGAUGUCAUCGGAUAUGGAGGAGGAGACGGCUGAAGAGUGCGAGGUGUACGUGUCCACCCACUCGGAGAACCUGCUGCCCCAGGAGUUCCUGGUGCACUUCCAAGGCGACAUCCCCGUCUACAACGACAUGACCAAGUCGCUCAUCGAGAACUUCGCUAGUAAAUUGCCCGGUCUGUGCGGUCUAUCGGAAACCGGCGGUAUGGUGUCCAUCGCCGCUCUAUACCGGGCCACCGCCUACACCAUACUCAGCACCAACUCGGUCCUGCAAGCUGAAUCCAGGCCCCUACUCGGAGAGAUUCCCGCCAGGCAUAGAGACGCGUUACAAGUGUUAAUACGGCUCGCCGCGGCCAUACCGUCACUGUGGUCGCAGCCUAAACAUCUAGCGCACCACGCAUUAAGCUCCCUGAACACUCUAGAAGCAACCUCGCCAUUAACCCACGAACCAUUCGGAACUUUAAUCGCGCUAGUGUUAACCGUACCGUGCCUUUUCUCCAAACCGGCCGGGCCGGCGAGACCCACGCAUUUGGCGAGGCAAAUCACAUUACAAGCCUUCAGGGCGACCAUAACGAGGGCGCUGAUAGUUUUAGACGUGUCGGAUUGCAAAAGCGUGCCCAUGGACGAAGGGGAGAGUGUGGACAAACAACCCAGACUUGAUUUAGAAAAUUUGUUGACAAUCAUGAAGGAACUGCGCAGGGGCAAUUUGGACAUUGAAGACCUUAACCCGUCUGAUGUGUGGGACAAAGUCAAAGGGCAGUGCAGAACGUUUCUGCGAUGCUGUUGUCUGUUCUAUCACUUCUUAAGCGACGUAAUACCGCCCACGGAAUUGACGACAGUCGACGGUGACACUUGGGACAUCAUGUGCGGUUAUUUAGACAUGCCGUUGACGUUCAAAGAGUUGAUAGACUGCCCCCUGGCCAGAAAGAAGGCUAGGGAAUGGUCGGAUAUGUCAAACGAUUGGUUCAAUAAUGAGAUCGCGAGCCACAUAGUGGUUGAGCCGAGUGAGCCUCCGAAGUUGAUACCGUUGCCUGAAGACUUUUCGGAACUAAUGAACGUGGUGUCGGAGUUCUCGUGUCCUAAUUCUGAGAGGGAAGAUAGCAAGUAUCCGACAAUGUGCCUCGUUUGCGGACAGAUACUGUGCUCGCAGAGUUACUGCUGCCAGACUGAAAUACGGAAGCCGGGGAGGGGCAACACAAUGGGCACGGAGCACGUGGGCGCGGGCGUCGCUCACGCGCUCCAGUGCGGCGCCGGCGCCGGCGUGCUGCUGCGCGUGCGCGACUGCGAGCUCAUGCUGCUGGCCGCGCCCGCCCGCGGCGCCAUGCUGCCCGCGCCCUACCUCGACCGCUACGGCGAGACCGACCAGGUAACUGUGUGUACACAGGCUGCUGCGCGUGCGCACUGCGAGCUCAUGCUGCUGGCCGCGCCCGCCCGCGGCGCCAUGCUGCCCGCGCCCUACCUCGACCGCUACGGCGAGACCGACCAGGUAACUGUGUGUACACAGGCUGCUGCGCGUGCGCACUGCGAGCUCAUGCUGCUGGCCGCGCCCGCCCGCGGCGCCAUGCUGCCCGCGCCCUACCUCGACCGCUACGGCGAGACCGACCAGGUAACUGUGUGUACACAGGCUGCUGCGCGUGCGCACUGCGAGCUCAUGCUGCUGGCCGCGCCCGCCCGCGGCGCCAUGCUGCCCGCGCCCUACCUCGACCGCUACGGCGAGACCGACCAGGUAACUGUGUGUACACAGGCUGCUGCGCGUGCGCACUGCGAGCUCAUGCUGCUGGCCGCGCCCGCCCGCGGCGCCAUGCUGCCCGCGCCCUACCUCGACCGCUACGGCGAGACCGACCAGGUAACUGUGUGUACACAGGCUGCUGCGCGUGCGCACUGCGAGCUCAUGCUGCUGGCCGCGCCCGCCCGCGGCGCCAUGCUGCCCGCGCCCUACCUCGACCGCUACGGCGAGACCGACCAGGUAACUGUGUGUACACAGGCUGCUGCGCGUGCGCACUGCGAGCUCAUGCUGCUGGCCGCGCCCGCCCGCGGCGCCAUGCUGCCCGCGCCCUACCUCGACCGCUACGGCGAGACCGACCAGGUAACUGUGUGUACACAGGCUGCUGCGCGUGCGCACUGCGAGCUCAUGCUGCUGGCCGCGCCCGCCCGCGGCGCCAUGCUGCCCGCGCCCUACCUCGACCGCUACGGCGAGACCGACCAGGGCCUGCGGCGCGGCAACCCGCUGCGGCUGUGCGCGGCGCGCUACGAGAAGCUGCGCGCGCUGUGGCUGAGCCACGGCACGCACGAGCACAUCGCGCGCGCGCUCGACGCCAGCAUGCUCGUCGCGCCGCCCUGGCAGAACAUGUGAUCGCGCGGCCGGGUGAGUGGGACGUGUGACGUUUGUAGGUCUGAUGCGCAGGCGACAUUAGCAUUCACACUUUUUUAUUCGUCUGUAUUCAUUUAUCGAUCUUUUCAAAAGGUUGAGCGACAGUACAUGUCAUUGCGCGGCUGCGGCGGGUGUAAGUGUGACGUAUGUGGGUCUGAUGCGCACGCGACAUCUUCUCUUUCUUCUCUUCACACUUUUUUAUUCGUCCGUAUUCAUUUAUCGAUCUUUUCAAAAGGUUAUCUAUAUGUUAAUAUUAUAAAGCUGAACGCGCUAAUAUUAGGAACUACUGGUUCGAAUUGAAAAAAUAUUUUUAUGUUGAAUAGACCAUUUAUUAUAUAACAUCACGCUGCAACUAUAAGGAGCGAAGAAAUAAAAGAAAAUGUGAAAACAAAACGGGGUAAAUCAUUCAUCCUUGAGGGCUUCAAUGAUGCCCAAAAUAACUAUUCCACGCGUACGAAGUCGCGGGCACAGCUUAUUUUUCAUGAAAUCUUCUACGAAGGAAAAAUCGGUACUCACCUUUCCAUUUACCACGAUUAUUACAUAUUUCCCUUGCUUCGCCCACGUUCAUUAAUCUGCUUACGGGUCAAAUACUUCUACCACUUAUAAGAAUAGAACCACCACUCCUCUUUCCUGAAGGCAGAGGGUACAUCUUUCUACUUCUUUAGCUACAAUCAUUCUUAUUAACUCCUCAGCUGCCUGAUCACUGCACUGGCCUCAACUGCUUAAGUUCUGAUCAGUGCUCGCUCUACCACGGUCACGUUUUUUAUUCUAUUUGCAUUACUACAAGUUUGGUAAUACUCUGUUCCCGCUCAAAAAAUUGAUUUCCCGCGGCAGAAGCGGGUUCGGUAGCUCAGUGGUUAAUGAUUUCACGAAAUUUUGCAAGGACAACCUUGUCGAUUGCAUACAGGCCAUUCUUCUGUUAAGCCGCUAUGACAAAAAUGUGAUCAUCAUCAUAUAUCCACACUGCCAACAUGAUGUGAUACUAACACCGACAAUGCAUCGUCUUAAAUGCUGCUGCGUCUUUUGACAUUUAUGUCACAAAUCUAUACAGAUACAUGAAAUAUUAGAUUGGUUGACUUGGCAAGAAUUAUUAUCAAAAAGUUCUGGCUAGUUUUUAUUAUUUUUCCGAAGGCAGAUAGGCAGGUUCCCUGCAUACUUCUUCUUUCGCUUAUCUACAUGCAUCAAUAUUUUUAUGCUAACUCGUCAAUUUAGUGUAUUCUUGACCUGACCUUUCACCAGAACGUCCCCGAUUUGAACAAGGUAGGUACGUUCGUCUUAGCCUUCUCAAAAGUUCUCAAUUUCAUUGCCAAAUAGUAAAAAUGAGUCCAUAAUGUUGCAAUAACACCUUACGCCUUUUAUGAUAUAGUUUAAUUGAUCGAAUACAAUAUGAAAUUAUUGAAUAAUGUAUAAUAAUGAUAGUUUCAAUAUUGCUAGUUUUGCUAUAGUAUUGUUAUAACACCAAUUUAAUUAUAAUAACGAUAUAGUAAAGACAAACAUAAUUGAAUGACAUGUUUUCGCCUUAAAGUCCAAGAAUGUAAAGUAGCUUAUAGUCAUUAUGUUGAAAAGAUCGACACUGUUCUGCCCU